ACAUCUGAGUUCUGAAUUACUGAUGACUGAUGACCGAGCAGGCGAGCAGCCGCCCCUGAAGCUGCAUCGCAUCCUUGCGCCCAAACCCUCACCUCUCCGCCACUAUGCGCCCACCACGGCUCCGAGGAAGCUCAUCGCCCGCGCUCCCAUGCCGCUCCCUCUGCGCUCAAUGGCGCUCCCUCUGCACGACCGCCGCCGCCGGCACAUCCUCUCCCUCCACACCGCCCCAACCAGCCGAUCCCCUUUCCUCCCACUUCUCCAACCCCGCCCGCGGCACCGCCUUCGUGAGGGACCUCAUCUCCACCCUCCGUGCGCUCCUCGUUUCCUCCCCUUCUCACCCGCGCGUCUUACGGCUCCUCAAGUCGGCCGUCUUCGACGGCCGCCUCGCGCCGGAGGUCCUCGUUGACGUCGUCCUCUCCGCCGCCGAUGGCCCUGAUGCCACCGGCUCCCCCGUCGCGGCCGCCCACGUAUCCGUCCUCAGCCGCCUCCUCUCCUCCCUGUCCCGCUCCGACCUCCCCAGCGCGGCCACCGACACCUACGCGCAUAUGGUCGCCCGUGGCGUUGUCCCGGACAUAAAGUCCCGCACCGACCUGCUCAUCAGGACGGCGCGCGGCUCGUCGGCCAAGGACGCGCUUGCACUGUUCAUGGAGAUGCGAGGAAGGGGCUACCGCGUAGACGCUUGGAUGUUCGACGCGCUGAUGAGCGCCUGCCUAAAGGAAGGGAUGCACGAGGACGCAGUCAGACUAUUCGACGAAAUGCCCGGUGCUGAAAUCGAUCCUGACCAGCGUGUGUAUGCCCUCGCAAUCACAGCUCUAUGCAAACUGGGGGACGGCGGCCGUGCAUUGCGCAUGCUGAGGGAGAUGAAGGAGGUGGGUUUUGAUACGUGUGACUUCACAUACAGAACCAUGGUGGAUGUGCUCGUGAAGACCGGGAGGAUGGAGGAGGCACUGCGGGUGAAUGACGAGAUGCGGGAUGCUGGGAAGAAAAUGGAUGUGAUUGUCGCGACGACGUUGAUGCGUGGAUAUUGCUUGCGACAGGAGGUUGGGAACGCACUGAAUCUAUUCAAGGAGACUUUGAAGGAUGGCAUAGUACCCACUAAGGUGAUGUAUGGGGUGCUUAUCAGAGGCUGUGAUCAAGUGGGCAUGACACAGAAGGCCUAUGAGCUAUGUCGUCAGAUGACAGGGCAAGGGUUGUUGCCAAGCACAUUUGAGCUCAGUUUGGUUCUCAAGGGCCUCUUGAAUGACAGAAGGUGGAAGGAUGCUGUAUGCUUGUUUGAGGAGAUGGCUGAUUCUGGGCUACCGGAUGUUUUUACAUAUAAUAAUCUAAUCCAUUGGCACUGUCAGGCCCACAAGCUCCGUGAAGCACUUAACUUGUUUGAUAGGAUGAAAAAAGCUGGAGUGAAACCGUCUAUUAAUACAUACAACAGCUUGUUAAUGGGUUACUGUAAGAAAGGGUGCAUGGAUGAAGCUGUCAAAUUGUACUCAGAGAUGCCUAUGGAAGGAUUCAAACCUAAUGUUGUAACUUACAUAACUUUGAUGAGGGGGUAUAUCGCUAAGAAGGAUUUUGACAACGCCUAUGCCCUCCUUGAUGAAAUGAAGCAGAAUGGAGUUUCUUGCAAUGAUUAUACAUAUAACGUUCUCAUAAAUGGCAUUUGCAUGGUUGACCGAGUUUGUGAAGUUGAUGGAAUGCUGAAGAGCUUUAUGAGCGAAGGUUUUAUCCCGACCAUGAUGACAUACAAUAGUAUCAUAAAUGGGUUUGUGAAAGCUGGUAUGAUGGGCUCAGCAUUCACUGUGUAUCAGCAGAUGCGUGAAAAAGGUUUGCCCCCCAACAUCAUAACAUAUACCAGUUUCAUUGAUGGUUACUGUAGAACCGGUUGUUCUGAUAUGGCACUGAAAAUGCUAAAUGAUGUGAGGCGCAGAGGCCUUCAACCUGACAUUGUUGCAUACAAUGCUUUAAUAAAUGGGUUUUGCCAAGAGGGUAAUAUGUCUCAUGCACUGCAACUUCUUGUUAUUCUGCUGAAAGAUGGUUUAGCACCGAAUACUGUUGUCUACAAUAGUUUAAUUACCGGGUACAAGAAUUUGAACAUGAUGAAAGAAGUUUCCAAAUUCUACGAGAGCAUGAUCAAAGGAGGAAUAGUCGCUGAUACAUCAACCUACACAACCUUAAUUGAUGGUUUCUCAAAAGAUGGCAAUGUAGCAUUUGCUUUGGAACUGUACUCAGAGAUGAUGGCCAAGGGUUACAUUCCUGAUGCUUUCACUUUCACAGCAUUAACACAUGGUCUUUGCCGCAGUGGAGACAUUGAUGGUGCUAAGAAGUUAUUGGAAGAAAUGAGGAGAUUAGAUGUACGCCCUAAUGUUUUUAUUUAUAACAUGCUGAUAAAUGGAUACCUCCGUGAUUGUAAGCUGCAAGAAGCAUUCCGACUGCAUGAUGAAAUGCUCAACAUGGGAAUUCAGCCAGAUGAUACAACAUAUGACAUAUUGGUUAGCAAGAAAUUUUUGGAAGCUGACAAUUGCGCUGAUGUGCUGAAUCCGAUUUAAAAUUUCUGCCAUUUAAGAGAAAAUUGGCUUGAGCAGAUUGAAGCUUCCAUUGCAUGGCAAUGUUGAGUUGGGAACUGUGCUUUAAGUAAGUGAAAUCUUAGACAGGCCAGAUGGAAGCAACGAAUUUCCCAUCUUAUGAAGAUAACUGUUGUCAUUAAUCGAGUCCAUGCAUGUUUUGGUCUUCUAUACAGCCAUUGAAAAGUGGACUGUACUGGUUACUGGAGUUCACCAAGAAUCUCAGGAAGAUGACCUUGACAAUAUUUUCUGGGAGUAUGGGCAAAUCAAGAACUUGCAUUUGAAUUUGGGUCGCAGCUGUCUAGUGUGUUUGGUGCCAAUAUAACAUUGGUCUUUUUUUAGUAACUAUUUUCAUGAAAUUCCUCAAAGAGUUCCUUAAUUGUGAGUAACACAGGCCACACAAAUAAGUUUAUAUGUGAAAAGUCUCAACCUUCAAAAUUUGUCUUCUAUAUAUUAAAAGCAGUAUUUCGUUUGCACCUUCUAUUAACCAGUUUUUAUCCCUGUUUGAUUUUACUUGCCCUAUGCAGGGAUAUGCUCUGGUUGAAUACGGGAACUUCAAAGGAGCUCAUGCUGCAAUAAAAGCAUCAAAUGGACCUGAGCUUCUUACACAAAUAAUAAGUGUUGAUUGGGCAUUUAGUAAUGACCCUGUCAAACAUAGAAAUACUCGAAAGAGAACUUUUAGGCUUCAGAUUUGUGAUUCAUGGAGCCACACAAUCAGUUCCCAUAACUCCUAACGUUGGUCCAUACUAGAAUCCUAAGCACUAUGGAAUUAAGAGAGGGAUUCCCUGCGACCUUCAAAAACAAAUGAGAGAUAUAUGUGUUGAGAAGAUCCAUAAGUUGGUUAAGUAUGGCCCAAUUUGGACAGAUGACGAUGGUUUCCUUCUAGAACCUGGGAGGCUGGUGACAAAAUUCUAUCAAAGUUUGAUACGAUGAAGCUUAUCAUCAGAGCCUCUGCUUUGUGUAGUUUGGAAGAUUUAUUGCAUAUGUAUAAUCUGCCACUCUACAGAGAUUACUUGUAGGUAGCUUAAAUAUUUAGUUUUAAUAAAAUAGUUUGUGGAGUGAGAUGAUGAUUUGAUUUUUUUUCUCCCUGGAAUUUCAAGGGAUCCAACUAUGUCGAAAUGAGAAGUAAAUGACAUAAACUCUGAUGUGACAUUAUUCUCCUUUUCCUC